CCACUCGGCUCCAAUACAGCUACAGUUACUGUCUGCGACUCUAGCUUUGGACUUGGGGAAAAGCUGGUGAGAGGGGGCCGCUAGCUGUUCCAUAUCAUCAGGACAGCUAGUCUCUGGCGCCUCGUAACAUCGCACCACCGUAGUGUCACCCACCGAGCCCCGCUACUAUCCAUGCCCUUUGCUAAGCGGGUUGUACUGCCCCAGCGCCUGUGCCGGGCAACAGUAGCAACCGCCCCCUGCUCGGGCUUCUCCUUCUCCGAGCUUGGAGAUGUAUGCGCCUUCACUCUGCACUCAGUGUUACGGCAGCUCGCAGAUGUGUGUCGCCACGCUGCCAGCAUCACUCAGGAGCUGGAAGGUGACCUGUUGUCACUGUGCCACCGGUCCCGGCUGCUGGAAGAGAGAUUCAACAUUCUACAGAGACACCUCCACAGCUGGCGCAGGGGAGGACGAAUUGAUGCUGCAAGUAUAGCUGAGAAGCCUGUUCUACAGGAAGAUAAAGAGAAGCACAACUCUUCUGCCAGCUCCAGUUUGAACCUCGAGAACAAGAAGACUGCCCAUUUCAAAUCGUCAUGGCAACAGCAUGUGAAUGUGUUUCAUUCCUCGAGCAGGCCGCCGUGUGUGGAAGAACUGCAUCAGGAGGCUCAGCUCAAUCUUCAGAGCUUGCUUCAAGAACAAUAUGAAGAACAGCAUGCAGACAGUAGGCUUACUGGUCAGUCCUUUUGUUCAAGCUUUUCACCACACCUGCCAGCCUGUCCUGAAGCCUCCAGCAAACAUCCUACUAAGCGUGUGGAGCUCAUCCUUCUGCCAACAACAAAGAGAGUGUGUCAAGAUGAAACAACAACUAUAGGUAUAAGACCUCAAGGGACAAUUGUGAGCCUUCCUACAACACCUGAGAAGCAGAUCACCUGGAAUAAGGCCUUUCCACUUCCAGUACUAGAGGAACGAAGGUGGCACCCAUCGUCUUCUGCCCAAGCCAAAAUUGUUCCCAUUAAUGUUUCAGGACAACCUUUUGAUAAGCACGCAAGCUUGCAUCGUUCCUUAUUUAACACAGAGACAGCUAUGAAUCCCAAGACAACCUUGAGGCGACGGAGAACAAUUAUUGGAGUCCCCGAACUUUCUCUACAGGAUCAAGGUAAUUGUCAAGGAUCCAAACAGCAGCUGAUAAACUCAGACAUUAUACCUAGUGCCCUGUCUCUUGAACUUACAAAUGGAGGGCAUCCACCAAGCCAGCCCACUGUAGUGCAUGGCCUGCGUAAGACCCAUAGCAAUCUAGAGCAGAUAACACAGACCAAGUUACUCCAGACAUCUAGCAGUUUGCCAAAUACUGGAAUGCUUUGUACAAGCCCUCAGUGGAAUGGUCCUAAGGACUCAACAUUUUCUCCUUCUUGGAACAGUAGUGGAGGAUCUUUUAGCUUUGUGGCUCCUUCAAGUCCCAUUUUAGAGCACACUGAUUCACCCACUGAAGAGGUGAAAUGUUCUUUGCAAUGUGAUUCGGGACUGUCACUGAACACAGGAUUACAUUCAGACAGUGAAACAGCAGUCAAAGAUGCCAACUCUUUGACUGGGGAUUUAAAUGCUAAUGGGCAUUCUCUUUGUGUGAGCGGUGUUAUAAAAGAGCAGCAGAGUAGAAGCCCCAAAGCCAAUAUGAAUAAAAACUUGUUUCGUCAGCGGUCAUUAUCCACACCAACAGACUCAGACUCAUUUUGUUCCAUGGACAACGUAUGCAAUGAAGAUAACAAGAUUGCUGAGGAAUAUGCCCUGCGUUAUCCCAGUGCAAGCUCUGAAGGUAGCACAAGCACUGAUAAUAUUUCUGUCACCACUGAACAUGAAGGACAGCAAAGAAGAAGGAUAAAGAGUUUUUCUUUGAAGAAAGCCAAGAAAAAACCUACCCCACCUCAGCGCAGUGUCUCUUUGAUGAAAGAGAUGUCUGCUUACAACUCUAAAUCUAAUGAACUCUCAUUAAAAAACCAAAGGCCCAAGAGCCUUUGCAUUCCAAUUGAUCACAAAGACAGUGACAGGCCUCAGUUUUUACAUCAUUGGAAUCUCAAUGACUGGAAACCAAAUGAUCCAUAUCAUUCACUUUCCAGUUCUAGCACAGCUACAGGUACUACAGUCAUUGAAUGUGUGAAAGUAAAUGAUAGUUCUGAAUCUUUGACUUCUCCAUCAACAUCCAGAGCCACAACCCCCUCAGCUGGACCUGAAUCUAAGCCAUCUUCUCCGGGGAAACCACAGUGCUUAAUGUCGCCAUCUAGUGGCUAUUCCAGCCAAUCAGAAACACCCACAUCAACCAUCCCAACUUCACUUAUCCUUGGACAUUCAUCACAUCAUAUCAAGGCAAGACCUCAGGUGCCUGAAAGAAAGUCUUCAUUGCUCCCAGCAUCCCCUACGGACAGAUGUCCCAUAUCAAGACUCUCCUUUGAAUUGCCCAUUAUACCCCCACCUCAUGUGGAACUGUCAAGUUUUAAAGUUAAUCUAAGAAGUAAAACCAAAGCAGGCAGGCGACACUCAGAUUCUUCUACUUGCAAACUUGGCCCACGACUCAGCCCAAACCAACCAGUCAUGCCAAUGGUUACACAGUCUGACCUAAGGUCUAUCCGUUUACGGUCAGUCAGCAAAUCAGAGCCUGAAGAUAAUGUUGAUGGUUUUGAUGAACAAGAGGAGCAUGAGGAAACUGUGGUGACACCACAGAACAAAACAAAGCCCCCAGUUGCAGAAAAACCACCACUAUGUAGAAGACCCCAAAGUCUUUUUCAGCCAAGGGUAUUCUAUGCUGAAUCAGAACUUGAUUCUCCAGCUUCUUCUGUUUCUUCCCCUAUAUCGCUAAUUGAAAGUAACUUUGUUCCAAACAAUAUUUACACUGUAAUUAAGAAGCCAAAAAAUAAAAAGAACCAGGCUGUUGAAAGUAAAGCUUCAUUGGUACUUUCAUCACAAACACUGCCCCCACCUCAGCAAAAGUUUGAAGAGUUUCCAGAUCCCCUGAGAGAUCAUUUUCAACAUUGCACAGAAGAUUCAGAGAGCAAAAAACUCCAUCUUCCUGACAGGAUUAGUUUGCAGAAUCUGUCAGAUGGGGAAAGGAAAAAAAGCAAGGUCCCACCCCCUGUGCCUAAGAAACCAAGUGUUUUGUACUUGCCUGGUACCCCAACCCAACCACUUAGAAGUACUGAGACAUUAGAUCAGUGGGUGUCUUCUAGCCCUGUAAUGACAGUGGACACAAAUACAAUUACAGCUUCUUCAGUGGCCAGUGCUGAAGCAGUAGUUGAGUCCUUGACCCACAACAGUGAUAAUAAUGAAAGACCAGGCCAGAAGAUACAUGCUGAAAAUAGCAGCCAAGUGCUUCAGAGUAAAACUGCUUAUUCAAUAACAAACAGUGAAGGCAAUAACAGAGAACAUGCUCACAUCUAUAGUGCCUCUGAUUCUAAUCUUGUAGGUAGCUCUGAAGAUGGCAGCAUUGAAGAAAGGAGCCCUGCAAGUGAUACUAAGACAGUGACCACACCUGCUGAUGACGAUGAUGAAGUAUUUGUACAGUCAGCUUCCCCUCGCACAACUGAAGACCUUUUUACUGUUAUCCACAGGUCUAAACGGAAAGUGUUGGGAUGGAAGGAGCCAAGAAUUUUGUACAGUGGCAGAUCAAGCUCACACUCUCCUAUAAAAAGUCCCUCAACAUCUGCUACCGAUGAGCAGAAACUCGAUUCCCCUGGGAAUGGCAGUGGAACCACCAAAUCCAUCAGCAGAAAUGAAGACUUCAAGGCUUUGCUUCAGAAGAAAGGCAUUAAGUUGAGUUCUAGUGCCCGUACAUCUGCUGCAGAGUUGCUGAAGACCACAAACCCCUUGGCCAGGAGGAUAAUGACAGAAUUUUCACAGGAAUUGGACAGUCCAGGUGGUUCUGACCCUCAGUCAUAAUGGCUAAGAAGCGCUGCAAAUCAAAAUAAUUAAAUAUGUUGAUAACAUACAUGCCUGCAUGGGUUUUGUUACUUGUAAUGAACAUAUGGACUGAAGAUAUUAAGGCUUCUCCUAUGGAAAUAUUAUAUUUCUUGUCUUGGUAGAUGGGACCAAGAACUCAAAAGGCAUCAUUUGACUGUGAUCUUAAGCUCUACGGACUGUUGAGAUUUUCCUAGAUGCCAAGUCAUUUGCAGUUGCAAAACAUUUUAAUUUCACUUUCCUGACAAUAACAGUGCAAGAUAAAUAUGAAACAACUGUAAUGUGUGAACCUGUAGCAAACUAUGACUAGUUCUCCUCUGCGUUGUCAGCUGGACAGUGUGACUUUGUAAUAUGGUGCUUUGUUAUGUCUAUCCUUUGUCCAUGUAGAAAGAUCCUGUUUUCAGGUAAAUCCCAGAAUGCUGCCACUCUUUCUCCAUUGCUCAUCUAAGAAAGUGAGAUCAGUUGAUGAAGAACUUAUUUCUAUAUAUAGCAUCAUACUUUUGUGAAGACAACUUUUAUAGUCAGACACCAAUGCUGAAUUUAGUUAUUGUGUGUUUAUUGGUGUCAGAAUGUUCACUGAUGGAUACAAGACGCACAAACAUGUUCAAACUGAUGAGAAAUGAAGCAGUUAAUAAUGCAGCAAUCAGCUGACCCAGCUCUUGUAUAACAGACAGCAACUCGGUACUUGAAGGUGGCUCAUACAGGGUUCCAGCUGACCAAAGACUGAUUGCAAGUCUGAUUUGCUAAGGUGUAUCUGCAAUGUCUUUCUAUCAGGGUAUAUGAAUCUUCAGGCUUCACACUGCCACAUUUAAUCUAAAACACACCAGAGAAUGCCAACUGUGUUCCUGCUUCUUUUUGCACUUGUCUCCCGUCAUCUGGGAAAUGGGGAGGUAGAAAGUUCUGAUGUGAUUUGAAUGUAAAUUAGGGCUGUAUGUAAAUGGUUCCAUUCAUGUUUGCACUAACGUAGUCCACUUUAUAACUACAGAGUCUUUCAGUUCAGCUGAGAAGGCAAGCUAUACACAGCGUUUGCAGUGCUACAAGGCUGGUGAGGAACAUUUCUAACAUCUGUGGCAUUUGUGGGUUGUUUCCCCUUGAUUCUUUAGUAUGUAUUGCAGUGAAAAAGUGACAGAAUUCAGAACCAGUGAAGGUCUUGGAUAUGGUGGCACUAAAUCACUAAUACUGCUGUGGUCAGCAUUAUGUGACCACUAGUUAAAUGAAAUGCAUGAUUUAAUUUCCUUUGCUUCAACUCAUUAGACACAACUCUUCCACUGACUGUGAGGGCUGUCGGUUCACAAACUCACUAUGGCAAUUUUUGGGUAGAUCCCCAUUCAUUGCUGAAAUGUGUUUGGAGUUGCUGGCUGCCUGCCUUCCUCUUUGAGUAUGUGUUUCUAUAAGUAAGCUUCGGCACCAUUUUUAAUUUACUGUAUUGAUCUUUUACACAGUCACAAAUAUACACACAAACUAGCAGAAAAGAAUCUAUUUUCAUUCUGCAGCUACAGCGUACUUACAUUACUGUUAUCUAACUGGUUCCACCAUUUGUAGCUUAGCGUGCAGAAUUUUAAUACAGAUUUACUCCUUUUUCUUACAUUGCAUGUAUACUUUAUACAGCCACCACAGAAAAUAUAUAAUUUUAGCCUUGGCACCUUCUCUUCUGGUACCCUUAAUCAUAAACUGGGAAAACAAUAGUAUGACAGAGUUUAAACAUAGCUUUUUAUUACUUAAAAUACGCCUGACCAUCUCAGAAAUGACGAAAUCCAUUAGCUGCCUUAAAUCUUUCUUUGUUUAUCAUCUACCCCAUCAUAUUCCAGUUGAGGGAAAACCUUAGAAUACGACAUUCAUAAUGCAUCAGUUUAAUCUUUUAAUAGCAUGCAUCAUCCCAGUCCAUAAUAUGUCCUGUUUUCCUCAAAUCCACCCAUCAACAUAAUCAACCAGGGCUAUGGUAUACAUGAUAAUAAUUAAUAUUUUCAAUUAGUUUCAUUCCCAGAAGCUUGCUAUCUACAAAUAAUAUACAUAUAAUCUAAAGCUGUAUCCUUUCAUAUAUACAGAUAUACAUAUCAUCCAUUACAAGACUAAUAUAUUACAUUACCAAAGUUGAUGUCCAUCCCAGCAAGACAGGGGUAUUCUCAUCAGAUGGGCUCAGCACUGCAGUUUGCUGUCUCAACAGAAACAUGCAACAGGGCAACCACAGGGACAAUGUUAGGAUAAUAAAAGAAAAACAGUCAUGGCUGCCUCAAUGAAGUGUCCCUCUCAGAAGUCAGAAAUAAGAAAACUCAUGCUUAGUAGGCAAUGAGGAAAAAAAAAGACUAAUGAAAAGAUUCACUACCACAACGUUUACUAUCAGAUAAGAACAGACAGGGCACUACCACAACGUUCACUAUCAGAUAAGAACAGACAGGGCACUACCACAACGUUCACUAUCAGAUAACAGACAGGGCACUACCACAACGUUCACUAUCAGAUAAGAACAGACAGGGCACUACCACAACGUUCACUAUCAGAUAAGAACAGACAGGGCACUACCACAACGUUCACUAUCAGAUAAGAACAGACAGGGCACUACCACAACGUUCACUAUCAGAUAAGAACAGACAGGGCACUACCACAACGUUCACUAUCAGAUAAGAACAGACAGGGCACUACCACAACGUUCACUAUCAGAUAAGAACAGACAGGGCACUACCACAACGUUCACUAUCAGAUAAGAACAGACAGGGCACUACCACAACGUUCACUAUCAGAUAAGAACAGACAGGGCACUACCACAACGUUCACUAUCAGAUAAGAACAGACAGGGCACUACCACAACGUUCACUAUCAGAUAAGAACAGACAGGGCACUACCACAACGUUCAUUACCAGAUAAGAACAGACAGGGCUCCUUUGUUAAACCAUAGUGACAACUAGGACACUUCAUCUUUCUCCUAUGAGCAGGGAUGUUCAGAGGUUUCUGGUGUUUGAAUGUGCUAAAAGCUAUGGAUGUACAGUUUAUUGUUAUUUUUUUUAGUCUUUAUUGGGGUCUGGCACAUGCUGGGUUUUCUGUUUCAGACAUUUACCUUUUGGUAUAAGGAGAAUUGCUAAGAGAUAUUAGAGUUUCUUUCUUAUUGUUUUAUUCCUAAACCUGCGUUACCAGUUCCGUAGUGAUUAUUCUGUAAUUGUCUAGGUGGGGACAGACAGGGAUACUUUUUCAUAUUAUUUAGAGAAUAUCUCUGUCUCUGUAUCUCUCUGUCUUUCUGUGGGAAUCAGAUGCUGUUUCUGUCAAGACAGGGUGAUAUAGUUUCCCUCACUCUGUGACAGAGAUGGGUAAAUCCUGACUGUAACACACAACCUAGAUAUCAAUUAGUGCCUUGGGAAGCUGGAAUGGGGGGUGGGGAGUGGGCAAAAGAUGCAUGAUGUAUGUCAGCACACUCACCUGGGAGGGAGGGUUGUGGUGACUCCUCCCCCUGUUGUGACCUGGCCCUGUAGAAGAGUGGCAUUGGCCACUUCCCUAAGUACUUUUUCCAUGGAGGAAGGUAUAUGAGUGGGUAUGCCCAACCCACUACGAUAGCCUUUAAAGAGGUGUGUUGAGGAACAGGCAUGCCUCUAUAUCAGGAGAAUAGGUGGUCCCUGUAGUGAUGUGUAGCCCACAUCACCAACAUUACGGUGGGGUUAGGCCAUAUCUAUCAAAAUGUCCUAAUGGCUGUUAGAAUAACAGAUCUGUGAUUGACUCUGAACUCAUUGACUCUGAACUCACAGUGAAUAAAUGGGCUGGGAGCAGCUCUCACCCCAUAUGGAAUAAAUAGGCCAAUAGAUCCAGUAGCUUAGCUAGAGUAUUGCAUUUGCAGUCAAAUCUGAGUGUCAUGGUGCUCUGUGUGUGGUCCAAACUUUAGUAACUGCAUUCUAUAUUGUAGCAAGCAGUUUGCUACAGUUUGAAAGUAAAAAAAAAUAUUUUUUAACUAAAAGUGUUGUAGCACUCGGUGCAGGCAAGGUAUAAACUGUACCAUUUGCUACAUUUGUAACAAGCAGUUUGCAACAGUUUAAAAAAGGAGCAUUGUUUUUUUUUUUCAAAUUAAAACAUGAGCACCUAGCUCUCAGUCCAGGAAGGGUAUAAACUGUAGCAAAUGUUUACAAUUUAAAAAGAAGAAAUGUUUUUAUACUGAAACAUGAGUGCUGUAACAAUCUGUGCAGGCAGGGUAUAAACUGUUGCUAAUUUUUUUCUUAUUAAUAAAAUAUGUAAAAGGAAGGGUUGGAGGUAGGGCACAAACGUGGCCUGAAUGGCUGGGGUAGAAGGGACAUGUCACUCAUCUGGCUGGCAGAGCAUAGAUCUAACUUUAAUAAGCCAAUCACCAACAAUGGAGGGAUCGACUUUUUUUUUUUAUAUCUGAGGAGUGGGGUGCUGGAUCAUAAUAACAGCCCAGAGCACUGGUUGAACCAGCUAUGCUUCUGUAUAUAUCAAAGGGAGGUGAUGGCCAGCAGGCAGCAGUGUGUUUGAAAAAUUUAAAUUUAAAAAAAAAAAAUGAUAUAUUUUUUCAGUUAACAUAUUUUGGUGAAAAAAUGUUUUAAAAAGGAGUUCCACAUUAUUUGAGACUAUAUUAAGCUGCUGCAUUUAGGCUCAGGUUUAAAGACUAACAACUUUUACCUUGUGUUGUUCCUUACUCUGAGGAAUAACAAAAUGUACUUUAAAAGCCACAUGAGGUAUUGUUUCAUGCUGAAAAACAUUCAGCCAGCCUUUUGAGCAUUUCUGGUUGGGGAGGUAAAGGAAAUGUUACUGUAGAUGCUUACAGGUUUAUGCAUUUAUUCUCUGAUAAAGAUAAUAACCCAACCAUGUGAAUUAAAUAAUAUAAAAAGUUCUCUUUCCCAUCAGUGUUCCAUUCUUAGAACAUCAUUUCAUACAAUCUACAGCAGAAUUCUUUUUUUCCUAUAGCAUUUAACUGCGUCCUUCUAACAUUGAGUUAACAGAACUUAAUUCUACUUGAAUGCUUAACACACAAAUAAAUGACUGAUGUACCUUCUUUAUAAAGGUUUGCUCUCUUUUUAUAACUGAACUCUUAAAUUGUAUGUUUUCUGUUAUCAAUGAAUGAAAAAGAAGCACAGAUUUCUUGAAGUUCAGCUGUGUGACAUAUAUACCUCUUAUUACUGGACUUUAAUUUCAGUAUUAUUUUAGAUGCUGCACUGUGGGCUCAUGACAUACCUCUUAUUACAUGGCUUUAACUUCCCAAUUGGGAGGGUUGGGAGGGUGACCUAAUGGUUAAGGUGUUUGCCUUACAAACACAAGGUGCACGGUUUGAGUCUCACAAGGGAUAAUUGGCUAGGCUUACAAUGGCUCACAAGGGCAGUUAGCUUAGUACUAACCUAUGAACCUAUAAUUGUUUUAUAUGACAUACUAUGGGCUUUAUUACAGUACACCAGUGGUACAGAAAUUAUCAUUGCUGCCUCACAUGUAGCCCAUCAAUGAAAUGAAUGUUCAGUAACAUGAUACUAAGGGAUACUUUAGUAUCCACAGGGGGGUACCUCUUGCACUAUUCAACAUAACAUAAGGGAAAAAAUCUUCAUAGAAUUAAUACAAACUUAUACAUAUAAAAUAAAUACAUGGAAAUAGUAAAAUAAAUAAAUACAGCAGCAUUGCUAUAUAAGGGGGUUUCAUGAACAACAAAACUAAAAAUAGCAUACUCCUCACCUCUACACAGAAGAGAUGACCUAAGAAAUAAUAACACACCAUACAGAAACUUCACACAUUCUUCAAAAUAAGAAUUAGAUGUAAAUUAUAAAUAGGAAGCACCGUUGCAUAGGCAAAAAUAUUCAGAAGUAAUUUUCCUUAUUGACAAAAAAAAGUAAAUAUGUAACACACAGAACUACAAAUACAACUAAAAACGACAGUGUCGUGUGUGUUUUUGUAAAAAGUAAAAACAUACAUUGCAUUCUAAUUUUGCAUCAAUAGUCAGCACUGUGGCAUAUAGAGGUGAUGCUCUGAGUGUACCCCUGGGUUUGAUUUACAGCCUGAGUACAGGAAGAGCUGAUAUUAUAGGGUGGAAGUGGCCCCAAUGGCUGACACCAGCUUGCCCAUCCUAAGAGGUAGACAGUCCAGUUUGAUGCAGUGCUAGGUGUCAUGGGAAGUAGGAAUAUAUACAAGACAGAGUACAGGCUGAGAACUUGGGUCUGCCAUGCUGUAAUAAGCAGCAGCCUUUCAAGAGCUAUGCACAUGAGCGUACCAAUCCUAUAGAGGGAAGACAUAACAAAGUCAAGGCACAGGUAAACACACAUGUCAGUUGCCAUGGGAUAGAAACUUUGGGGGGUGAUGAGUGAUGAUUGGUGGGUGGUGAGGAUAAAAACAAUUAAAAAAAAUAAUCAAUAUGUCUUAUUUCAUUAUUCAGAGAACAUUGUGCAUAAGGCUUUCAGGGUUGCUGUUUUGAAGCAGCUUUACAGUUGGGGUUGCUGUUUUGAAGCAGCUUUACAGUUGUCUAACAAAACAGGACUCACUAAUCUACUUUUUUCCAAAAAUAUGUUCCUAUACAUAUACCUCCUCAGUGGUAGCAUAGGAGUUAAUGUAAUUUUUCAGACCACUUAGGGGAAUUGUUAUACCUUCAUCCCAUAUUUAAAUAUCUAACUCAAAGAAGGUCACCUGUGUGAAGAAAAACAAUAUUUAUGCAAGUUGUGGCCUCUGAUAUCACAGAUCAUUUUGAUUUGUCAAACUAGAAGAAGGUAACAGAUUGUCAGCAUCCUCUCCUAGCUAAACCUGGCAUAUUUCAAAAAAUGUCAGGAUUCAAAUAUACAUUGAGUUAGCCCUAAAAAUGAAAUAUUCAUAUAUAUCCUAAAAUGCAACAGCUUCAAUGUAGGUGUAUUUAGCUAAGAAGAACACAGUUUCCCCUCAUUACAGAGGUCAAAUGCUAUAGUCUGUUAUUUGAACCUAUUAAACUUUGUAUUUAUAUACUUACAUUUUCAGGACCUGUUCAGUUCAAGUAGGAGUGGGCAACUAAAAAAAUGUCCUCUCUUGGUUUAUUGAAAUGACCUAAAACACAGACUUUAGACCUCUUGUCAGCACACAUUGUUUAGUAACUGGUCUCAGAAAAAUGUUUGGUGAUAAAUAGUUGAAGAAACAAAAACAUUCAUUGACAUAUUAGACCAUUAAUGUAAAAAAAAAUCUAAAACUUGCCUUAUUACUAUUUUGUAAAAUUACAAAUGGCACAACACUCACUGAUUGUACAGUUCUUGCCCUGUUUAGGACAUACAUUAUUUUCUCAGAAAUAUUUAAAAUACAACUCUUCACUACAAAAACUUGUACAGAACAUAACAUGCAACUGCAAAUAUGAGAAUGUUGCAUUAAAAUAUAACUUGCAUAUAUGGCUCCAUAUGAAAAAUGUAGAUUAAAUGUUCAGCUAACCCAAUCCAUUUCAAGCCUUUGCUAUUGAGCAGUAGAUCUAUGGUGAAACAGAUAUAUUAGUGAUGUGGCAGUUGAAAUGAAUAUCACAGCAACAGAUAAUUAUUUGCACUAUCAGGAUAAAACAUAGCCACACCUUAUGUUGUCUGCAUAGUGCUUUUCAGUGAUUCUAUUUUUCUUGGCGUUGCCUAUAGCAAAAUUCAAAGGUUUAUUCUGAAUGUCUCUUUAGCAUGCACAUAUAUUGUAUGUAAGAGUAUACACAUCUCCAUAACUCAGAUAUUUGAAAUCUAAUGUUUUGCCUGUUUUUUUUAAAUUUUGUGUGUGUGUUUAUGUUUCUUUGUGCAAGUAAAUCAGCUAGCCCUAUCAUUAGUAUUGCAGUUUGAAAACAGGCUCACAGCAGUUGCCUAUAUAAUAUUUACCCUGUAAUAAAAUUGCUGCCUCUAGUGAAUAUUUUUUUGAUUUUUUAAUAUUUUUAUUACUCCAUAUUUGCUAAGCACUAAACACAAGUGCCGUGGUUGGUUGCUCAAAACCAUAACAUGAAAAUGAUAAAAAUUCAAGAAGCAUAAUAGAAACACGUCAACCAACAUGAUUUUAAAUUGUUUAAUCAACACAUAAUAAUAAAUACAUCACUCCAUUUGUCAUAAUUCAUAUUAUGACUGCAGUAGGUAAUUUAGGAAUUGAGAAAGCUACAGCAACUAAAUUACUGAAGCUAUUUCUAUCCAAGAAUGACAGAAGCUCAUAGGCCUCAAACUUGGUUAAAUCCACAGGUGCAGUGACCUUAACGUUUGUAAUAUAGAAGUGAAGAUAAGGGGGGAGCUAAAAAUCCUGUCUGUCAGAAUAAAAACUGAAUUACUUUUUUUUACUAGGUUUAUACUUUGAUUUCUAAGUCAAAUAAAUUUGCUUUAUUUUAUAAUAAAAAGAUAAGGUUUCUAAGAUAUUAAGGUUUUCAUCUAACAGUAAAUCAAGACUGUUGUAUGCAUUUUUGCUAACAGGUGAGCACUCUGGUAACCGUGUUUUACCCAUAUUCACAAUAGUCUUGGUUUGAAACAUGUUAAUAAAACAAAAUAAGUAAUGCCCACUUUCUCAUUACAUCAGUAUAACAUUAAUCAAUAUAAAGUAGCAGCAGACUGAUAGCAGUUUAGUACAAUGUAAUCUUCUAUUAUAAACUGUUUCUAACCCUAUAAGGUGACUGCUGAUUUCAAAAGUCCAGAUAUAUAUAUAAUCAGACGAAUGCAUAAAGUAAGUCUAAAUAGCCUGUUUAUAGUACAGCAGUGAUCUAAUGGCAUUUUAAGACAUGUUGGACCUUAGAUAUGUCAUCUGUUAUGCUAACAUAUUAACAUAUUUGCUGGUAUAAUAUAUUUCAGGCCGAAUGGGAUAGUGUGCCACAAUGUAUAUUUUCAUAUUUCUAUGUUUAAACAUUACAUCAGUUAGCAGUUGUUCCUUAUGUAGAACACCCUGAUAAGCUAUUUGCAUAUUUUUAUUGACACUUUUGGAGCUGACCUACAGAUUUAGAUAACAGGUAAAUACUGUAAAUACCUGCCAGUUCUACAUCAGCAAUGCAUGACAAGCACAGUUGUAUACAUCUCAACUGCCCAGAUUUUCCCAGAAUGUCCAGAUUUUUGCCUCAUAUUUUUGGCCUGAUUCUCAUAAAAACUGGGGUUUUCUGAAAUAUUGGUGACAACUGAAUUGAAUAAAUAAUGACAAGACAUUUGAGUUUUGUGCUUCACAUUCUUCAGAAAAUGCAAGGUAAUACAUAACCUUUUAUUCUGUCUACUUUCUAAGUUUCGAAAAGCAAUAUUUAAAAUGUGUCCUAUUUUUGGGCCUUUGUCCCCCAUUAUUUUUGGCUUUGCCCAGAUUUCUUUUGCUAAGAUGUUGAGAGGUAUGCUGACAGUUACAAUGGGAAACUAGUCUUUAUUGAGGAUAUAACUUUAUGUGUGUGUGUGCGUGUUUGUGUGUGUGUGUGUGUGUGUGUGUGUGUGUGUGUGUGUGUGUGUGCGUGUUUGUGUGUGAAAGAGAGAGAGAAAGAGAGACAAGUGCUUAGAAAGUGAUCAUUACUAGAUGUUUCUUUUUUAUCUGUGCAAAGUUGGGAUUUUAAUAUAAAAUUAAAAACUUGUAAGUUUAUGCUUUAAGUUUUGGUUUACAUUGUGAGAAAGCACCUUCAUUCUGUGGUGCAAAAAUAUUUUAAGUGGUAUAUGGUCACUAGUAGUAUGGAAUAUUUCAGAUGCAUGUAGCUGAGCUGUGAAAACUAAUGAGACAGGAGAGCCAUGGCACUUAAUGUACAUUUCUUUCCUACUGUACAUAAAAGAUUUCAAAUUCUGUCCUGUUGUAAUGUGCCAUUGAAAGUCUGAAUGUUUAAUACACUGAUUACCCUCAAAUCAGUCUUUUCAACUGCCUCCUCUGUAAAUUUGUAACCAAAUAUUUUAUGGAUAAUAUGUAUUUUGUAAGUUUUUUUUUCCUUGCAAGCUUUCUAAAGAUAUAUCUUUUUAAAAAUGUUGUGUGGAUAUUUAGUUUUUAUUAAACUAAAUAAUUGUGCUGCAAUAUUCAUUUGAGGACUGCAGUUGGCAACCGUAUUCCUCAGAAACUCUGUAUGCUCACAAGUCUUUCUCUGGUGUCUUUCCCCAUUGUUUAAACUUCUUGGAAAUGUUUUCUCUCUCUCUGUCCAUUAUGUAGUUUUUGGGGUGUCUUUCAACUACAAGGCUACAUGCACUACUGUUGUAGUAGCAAUGCGAAAGGAAAGAGGUAAAAACAUUUUCAGUGCAGCACAUUACAAAGUGCCUGUAUGACACAUCAGCUGGUUCUUGCAAUGCUCCCCCAGAACUUCCCAGGAAAACAUAAAACUCAUUAUAAGUAUGUCAAUAUUAAUGAGUCAACUCUGUAGUGUGUUUUGAGGUAAAACCAAAGGAGCACCACUGAAUUGUUCAGAUUUUUGCAGACUGUCCAGAUUUUUUUUCUUUUUUUGGUCUGUUCCUCAUAAAAUUUGUUGUUUUCUGGCAAAUGACUGAGGAUUGAAGUAAUUAAAUAAUGACAUAUAUUUGAAUUUCAGAUUUCAUAUCCUUCAGAAAAUGCAUGCUAACAUAAAUCCUGUUAUUCUAGCAACUUUCUACGUCUAUAAGAGCAAUAUUUAAAAUCUGUCCCACCAUUAUGUUAGGUUUUUAACCAGAUUACUUGUUCUAUGAGGCUGAGAGGUAUGAAGAGGAUCUUUACUGUUAGGCUGACCAAGUGAAUGCUGGGAAAAGGUGGGGGAGCUAAGACUGACACAACAGUUACUACGCAGUGCUUACAAGGAAGCUACCUUCAGUAUGAGUAUUCUGUCUUCUUUGUCAUUCAUGCUACAGUAACUGUAAUGGCAAAUACACAUAAAAGAUGUAGUACAGAAUAUGAAAGUCUGAUGCUGAAAAGCAGCGUUCAAAACUAUAUCAGUAGUCAGCAAUAAAGUUAUCGGCCAUUAAGACAUUGUGUAUGUCAAGACAUAUGAAAUCC